CUGCAAUAGCAUAAUGCCAUAAAAUUUUCAAUAUUAUAUUCUGUGGCAAUCAAUGGCGAGAAUAUGUGCACGGCUAGGGACCAUAAUAUUAUAAUAAUAAUAAUAAUUAUUAUUGUAUCGCACGCUUAUCGAGUCGAGUCACACGUAUGUCGUAUUGGCUGCACUGAUCGAAAAGAUGAUGGAUUUUAUGGCAACUAGUAAGUUAAGGUGGGGAUAAAAGAUAGAACCGAUAGAUGUGCGAAAUUGUUUUUUUUUUUCGUGGUUUCGUUCUUCAAAUGAUUUCGCGAUAUAAUCUGCAAAUUAUUUUUCAUAAUAUUAUCAUGUCGAGCGUCGACGCGUUUAAUUAAACCGAACCGAAUGGUCGUCGACGGCUGAAAAUUGCGAUUCCGAGUGAAUUACGUCGGUCGUGGCAUUUUAAUGGCAAUAUUUAUGAUGACACAAAAGCUUGUGAUAAUGGAUGUUCUCUGCUAGAAUAAAUAGUCGUGGUUCUCAAUAAUGGACGAGAAGUUAUUAAACGAUUUGCUCGAGUGUUCGGUAUGCCUGGAACGGUUGAAUACAUCAAGCAAAGUGCUGUCUUGUCAGCAUACAUUUUGCAAAAAAUGCCUAGAUGAAAUUGUAGCUACCCAUAAAGAGCUACGAUGUCCAGAAUGUCGAACACUUGUCGAUUGUCGGGUGGAUGAACUGCCACCCAAUGUAUUACUCAUGAGGAUAUUGGAAGGUAUGAAGAGUAAAAAUGCAACAAUAUCACCGCCUAAAAAACCUUCAGCUGUUGCAUGUUCCGAUCAAAGACCACCAAAAACAUCGAAACAAGUGCCAUAUCAACGUAAUAUGUUUGCAAGAGCAUUAUAUGAUUAUUCUUCCAAAGAACCUGGGGAUUUAAGUUUCAAAAAAGGAGAUAUGAUUAUAUUACGUCAAAAAGUUGAUUGUAAUUGGUAUCAAGGAGAAGCUAAUGGAGUAAUUGGUAUAUUUCCUUUAUCAUAUGUACAGGUGUUUCCAACGUCACUACCUAGUCAUAUACCACAAUGUAAAGCAUUGUAUGAUUUUAAAAUGAAUAAAGAGGACGAUGAAGGAUGUUUAUCAUUUUCAAAAGGUGAUAUAAUUACAGUUUUAAGACGGAUUGAUCAAAAUUGGGCAGAGGGAAAAAUUUCUAAUCGCAUUGGAAUAUUUCCUUUAUCUUUUGUUGACUUGAAUCAAAUAGCUCGGGCGUUAAUGAAACUAUCAGUUAGUUCACAACCUACUCAAAGUAGAAUAGCUCCUCCUACUCCCGAAGAAGCUGCUCCUUUAUUGCCAAUUGAACUAUCAGCUGCUUGCCAAUCAACAAAUACCAAACACAAUGCAACUGAUGAAACAAAACAUGUAUUAGAUAAUACAAAGGUUACCAAUGAAAAUACUUCAUCGUCAUCUUCUUCUACAACUACCACAUCUCCAAACACCACUUCUCCAUCUGAUACCACAUCUAGCUCUCCUAGUCGGUCACCUUCACACGCUCCUUUUGUUGAUAAUUCAACAAAUCGUUCUUUACCAACAUCAAAUCCAGAUCCACCAAAACGACAUAGUUUCACUAAUGGGGUUGGGCCUCUUUCAUUGGGACCUCAUACAUCAGAAAACAAGAGAUAUUCGGCUGAGAUCUUAUCACAAGACGAUAUUGCUGUUUUUUCCAGUCCAAAUACUAAUUUAGAAAUUCAAUCCACUCAGCCAGUGAAUGGAGUGAAAGAUUCUAAACUUCAUCGUCAUGGGAGUCUUAGAAGUCAUUCCAAACCAAUAGUUACCCAGAAUGUAAGGUCUAAAAUACCUAUCCAACUGCCAGCCAAGCAUGUCUCAUUAUACCCUUAUAAACCUCAAAAAGCCGAUGAACUUGAGUUAAAACGUGGACAGUUAUAUAUGGUUACCGAAUGCUGCAAGGAUGGCUGGUAUAAAGGAACAUCAUUAAAAACUAAUUGUUCUGGUGUAUUUCCUGGAAACUAUGUAACACCUGCAAAAAUAUCUGUUCGUCUACUUGGAAAAUCUAGCAAUAAUUCAUCUUCAGUUCAAGAACAAAAAGAUGAUAAUUUGUCAUUUAAUGGUCAAUUAAAUGAUUGUAGUUUUCAAAGUGAUAUAGACGAAAAUUUACCUUUAUAUCCACCUCCUGAACUACCACCUCGUAGCAGUAGUCCUUCUGUACAUAGUCGUGUAUCAAGUUGGUUGUCUGAAAUGCCAUCAACAUCCUCUCGAGUUCGAUCAGCACCUACGCACAACAUAAAAUCUAUGUGUUGUAAUACAGGUUUGCCAAAUUCAACUAAACCUACACCAGCAGUAUCUGACAAAGAUUCAGUUGCUGCAUGUGUGGUUAAUACUGUCGCUGGCGCUGUUUCUCCUUCUACUACUGCAUCACCAUCACAUUCCUUGAGCCCAGAAAAUUUGGCUCAAAAACGUGGAAAGAAAAAAUGCUUUCUUACAAAUUCAGUGAUGCGUAGUUUUUCUAACAUAAAAAUUAGAAAAUCUCCUCCCCCUGUUUAUUCAAUGGAUAAUCCAGUAUUUGAUGAUAAUACUUCUACCAACACUAUAGUUGCACCACCUCAACCAGUUCACACUAGAUCCGAUUCUUGUCCAUCAAAAUUACUGAACGUAGAUGCCAUACAAAGGAUUCCUGAGCAGCUACCAUUAAAAGUCAGAGGAAAUCAUAAUUUCAAAAGUGAACAACAACCAAAUGGAUCAUCGGUUUUAAUACAUCAUCGUAAAUCGCAUAGUUUAGAUACAAAUAAUGGUGUUUCGGUAGACAUUAAACCACAAGAUCGAAAACUUAAGCAAAGUUCACGUACUCAGCAAAAUAUGUGCAGAUGUAUAGUUGCAUAUCCACCAAAUAGUGAGUAUGAACUAGAACUCCGAGUAGGAGAUAUUUUAUAUGUACAUAAGAUUAGACAAGAUGGAUGGUAUAGAGGAACAUUAUUGAGAACUGGUAAAAGUGGUUUGUUUCCAUCAAGCUUUGUUGAGAAAAUUUAAUAUUAUUUUUUGCCUAAUAUAUCGUAAAUAGUUUUAUUUAGGAAUAUUAGUCAUCGUUAAUUUAAUUUAACUUAACUAUUAGAGUACCUAAUUAAUUAUUGGUAAAAUUAUAAAUAUAUCUCAUCCAAUUUAUGUACCAGAAUUGUCAAUGGUGUAGUAAACAUUUAGACUCUUAAAAUAUGUAAUUCAAUUUGUGUAAUAAUUUGUGACUGCUUCGGUUAAGUUUAUUUUUAUUUAUAUUAAAAACUCAAUAAAUUUAACCAUAUUCAUUAAUUAAAAGUUAAAACAUUUUGUAUCUUAUGUGAUAUUAUAUAUUUUAGCUAUAGAAGUCAACUACAUUAGGUAUAGAUUUUAUUUUAAGUUUUAAUAGAAAUCAAUACAAUAUUCAGAUUUAAUAUUUGUAUAAUUUAAAAUCUGUUUUAAUAUAAUUCAAAGACGAAUUAUAUUUUAUUUGUUAUAAUGGAUGUUAAAAACACCCAUAAUUACAGCGUAUCCAAAAUAUUGUUAAUUUAUUGUUAUUAAAGCUAUGUUUUGUAGGUAUACUCAAAAUUGUCAUUGAGAGGUUUUUAAAAACUAAAUUUCUUUUUAAUAUAUAAUAUUAUAUAAUUAAAAUAAACAGAUCAUUUUUUAUUUCAUUAUGUAUUUUAAGAUCCAAGACUUAACUACUAGAUAAAAGAUACAAUUAUUCUUUUUAUAGCAUAAUUAUGUUAUAUUUGUCUUCAAACAUAUUCAAAUACAAUUGGCCAUAAGUUGUGAAAUUGUUUACAUUUCCCAUAAAAAUGUAAUUAUUUAUUUUAAUAUUAUAUAAUUUAAUAAUGCUAAAUUAGAAUCAUGCAUUUAUGUUGGAUAAUACUUGAACAAAAUAUUAGGUACCUAUUAUGUUUUUUUGUCAAAUGUAGAGAAAACAAACCAAGUGACCAAGCCUAUAUAAUCAAAAAAAAAUAUUAUGGACAUUUAAGCAUGUUUCAUAUUUUUAUUUUUAUUGUCAUAUCUAAGUUUUAUUAAAAAUAAAAUAGAAUUUAGUUGUUUCAAACAGUUGUAUUUAUAUUAUUCAAUUACAUAGAGUGAAAUGAUCAAUCUUGUUUUUUUAAAUUUAAAUGCAUGUUUACAUUUUUCCUUUUAUCUUGUAUUCAAUACUUUAUAACUAUUGAGUAUGUAAAAUCAAGAUAUAGAUACUUUUCUUGUGAUAUUUACACUGACUUUUAUUAUUUUUUAUAAAUGUAAUCAUAAAUAUUAACACCCAUGUUUUGUUAUAAAUUGUAUUAAUUAUGUAAAUUUAUUAAUAACAAUUUUGAUAGUUAAUAUGUUUUGAUAUAUAUAAUAUAUACCUAUAACUAUUUGGAGUAACUUCAGAAUCAAAUAUAACAUCACAAUUUUAAAUUUAAGAUUAUAAAUAUUUUAAACUCAGAAAAACCUAUUUGAUUGUGAAAUAAAAUUUGUCUAUUUAAAUAUUUUUAAAAUUAUAAGAAUAUGUUAAUUAUUUUGAUAAUAAUAAAAAAAAAAACUGCUGUAUCCAGGGUUGUUGCUAUUAUAGACUACCACUAGAAUUCCUAUUUUUGUCUUUUCUAUGAAAAUGUUGAUAAUAUAAUUUAAUAAUAAUAAAUAAUUUAUAAAUUGAUAUUAAAACAAAUCUAUUAUUUGCUAUUUUUGAAUUUUUUAUUAAAUUGUUCAUCCUGAAAUAGAGUUACAAUUUUGUUAAGUAGUGACAGCCCUGAUUUUAUUUAAUUGAUUUAAAAAAAAAUUGGUGUGCUUUUAAUGAUAUACUUAAAUUAAAUUAUUAAUAUUGUUUGUGAAGCAAUAAUAAAUAAAUAAUUGCUACAUUAAUCAAUUAUCUAGUUGCAGAAUAUUUAAUUGUAUUAGAUUAAGAAUACUAGUGUGCUAGACAAAUAUCAUUUAAGUCCCGUUUCUUUAAACAACAUUGCUUAUAAUUAUUCAUUUGUCUAUACACCAUGUAACAGGAAGACCUAAAAGAUGAAAUAAUUUUUGUUCUAAUUAAAAUUUUUAAGUUUUUUUUACAUAAAAUUUAGUCACUUGCAUUACACGUAUAAUAUAAAAAAUUCAAAAUAGUCAAUUUUAAAAUCUGAUUAUCAGAACAAUUUUGAUGGUAAAAAUAUUGAUCCAAGUCAAGUAGUUUUUUUUUUAAAUAUUUAUAUUUUGUUGAGUAAAUUAAUUUAGAACAUAAUAAUUUUUUUCAAAAUAUUAUUUUUGGGAAUUUCCUGACAUAAGUAUAUUUCUUAAAUAAUUUAUUAAACACAUAAUGUUCAAAAUUAUUGCCAUAUGUUUUUAGUACCUUGCAUCAUUUUUUUUUUGUCAGAUCUUCCUGUUACACUGUAUAGAUACAAAUGAACGUUAUUAUCUGUUAUUAUUAGAAGAUAAAUAAAAGUUCUUAAGAUUAGCUGUUUUCAAUAAAAGUGAUAUUAAUAGAUUCCUUGAGACUUGGAGGGUGUUUAUAGACUAUAUUUUCAACCACUAAAUUUAGCUAAAAGGUAUAGAGCACACAUGAUUUUUUUUUUCAACUCAGAAAAAAUAAUUAUAAUUUUUGUUUAUUUAAAUGGUGCCAUUUGUUACAUAUUAUAUUACUGUUAUAAUUAGUAGGAAUAUAGCAUAGGUAUACAUUUUCUUACAAAUAUUUAUAUAUUUUUUUUUAAAAACAUCCUUGGAAAAACCAAUUUUGGUUAUCUUUCGUAAAGUACGUAUGGCACAACAGAUGAUUGUAAUGUAUAAAACCAAAUUUUUCGUAUAACCGGGUCUUCUGUUUAACUCUUAAAAAACAAGAACAAUAGAUGUGUUUGGUUUUCUUUGGUAAAAUUAGUAUCUUUCAAAUCGAAAAUACGCACAUCACUAUAUUUAUUGUUGAUAUGUUUUAAUAUUUCUGCUUCAGAAUCUAUAUUCCUUUGGUAUACAUUUACAAAUUUCUGGACUAAAAUUGUGUACAUUUUUGUGAAUCAGAUGAGUCUUUAAACACUUCAAAUGUUCACUGUUAAAAACACAAAAGGUAUAUAUUAUACUAUGGUAUCCUGCAAUUGAUUUCCAGUCAAAUCUACCUAUGUUGCACAUAAUAAUGUAAAAUAAAGUAUCUUAAAAAUAAAUUUUAAAAAUAUGAAUUGAUACUUUCUGUAUCUUCACAGACUAUUAACCUAUUUCUUGGUUAAAUUUUUGAAUAUGAUUAGAAGACGUUAUUGGUUUGGUAUCAAAAGGAACUAUUUGACCAUAUUUAGAACCAACUGCCUUUAUAAGUAGAAACAGAGAUAAAAAUAUUAUAAAAUUAAGAGAUCUGAUUUUAAUUAUUUAUUUGUAUACAGUGACAAAGUCACAUGUUACAAAGUCUCACGGACAACAAAAAAUAUUUGUAAUAUAGAGAAUUUUGUUAAAUUGAAUAAAAUAAAUUUGGUUCUAAUUUGGUUUGGUACAUAUUUUAUUAAACCAAAGUUUUACUGUAUAUAUACUAUAUAGCUUUCCCACCAGGCGUCGCACAUACCAACAUUUGUAUUAUUAUGUUUUGUACUAUGGGUAACCAAUAACAAUCCUAUAUAAAAAAAAAAUAAAAUAUGAACUUUUUUCAGCUAAAAAAAAUUUCUUAUUUGAGCUAGCCUUUAGUUACAUACAGUGGUUAAAAAAAUAAGCUAUAAACACGCUCCAAGUUUCAAGGAAAUCUAUUCAUAAAGUUUUUGUUGAAAACUGUCUAAUAGUUUAUGAGUUUAUUGAUUACAGAGUAGGUACAGACAAAUAGACAGAUGUACUAAUAUCUAAUUUUAUGUAUUAAGAUAAAGGUUUGUGAUUUAUGAUGUAUAAUAGAUUAUUAUAACUUUAUUAAUAAAAUAAUAUGCUGAUCAAAAUUAUUAUGUAUUUAAAUAUGUACAAAUUAAUUUAAGAGCUGUUCAUUUUUCUUUCCUCAACACUAUUUUCAACUUUUUUUCUAAUUUGUUAUUUAUUUAUUAUUAUUAUUUUUUUUUUGAUGUAAUACAGAAAGUCUCUUUCUUUGAA